CUCAAUAGUCGCCCACGACGACUAGGAUGGCACCGAAACAGCAGUCGUCGAAUUCAAGUCCGCUUUUGUCGCUGUGGAAGGCGUACAAUGAGCAGACUUCAGAUAGGCUCAAGUUUAUCGACUCAUUCCUCGUGUUCCUGAUGCUCUCAGGGAUUAUCCAGUUCGUGUAUUGCGUUCUGGUCACCAGCUAUCCUUACAACGCUUUCCUGGCUGGCUUUGCAAGCACUGUCGGUCAAUUCGUUCUCGCCUCCUCUCUGCGUUCGCAAGUCAAUCCGGCGAACAAAGAUGAAUUCAAGGAAGUCUCUCCGGAAAGAGCAUUCGCAGACUUCGCGUUGGGGUCAAUCGUGUUACACUUCUUCGUGUACAACUUCCUGGGAUGAAUUGGAUACACCUGUCGUUCGCAACUCGACACUCCCUGGGCGGUCAAUCAUCGUUCCAAAAAUGUGGGAAUUCGUGGCAGGGCGUGAAGAGACAGAGACUAAGUGGCAGAUUAAGUGAUAUCAUACAGACUGGAUAGAGGCUGAAAACUGGAGAGAAAGAAGGCGGCCUCAGCGCUUUCUCUCGAAAGAGUCGGAUCUCUAUCUCCACGUUCAACCAUGCGUUUAACUUGGCGUCGGACGAAUGACACUCACCCCCAUGAUCA